AACUCCUUUUUAAAAGACGUGGAUUGUUGACAGUUAUUUGUGAUGUCAAAUUGUCAAACCGGAUAUGGCGGUAUCGCGGUCUUUCGUGAUUGGUGCAGCUUUUGGAUCGCGGUAUUUAUCCGUAUGGAAUAACCAACGUCAAUAUUUCAAACGAAACUCAAGUGCAGAGGCAAGAGACAAAAACGGCGAGAACAAGCUUUACGGAUGCAUAUCAGUGUCUAUGGGCGAAACACUGGGCCAUCUCCAGAAUUCCACACUCAUCGGUUGACAAUUACCUCCCCAUAUUCCCUCCCUGUGUCACCUCUCCUAGCUGUCAAAAUUUGUCAACCUCAAAACAUCACCUGAAAAUUUAAUUCUUCCAACUGUCAGUGUAAGAAUAUGCAUGAUACUUCAGAGCGUCGGUUUGAGAUAGAGUGUAAGUUAGAGGCGGAGGUUGGAGGACUAGCCACAUUGAAGGCUGAGAUUGAUCGCAGCAAACGUGUUACUGGAGGUAUUGUCGGAAUACUUUCUUCCUUGGAACAACGUCUUGCUAGAUUACAGCGUACAAUAUUACCAGUGUAUACAGAGACCGGAAACCUUCAACGUCAACAGCAUGAUAUAGAAAAAACCCUGACUAUACUUGAUCACGCCAUUGGUUACUAUGGAGUAUGUCGGGAGGUGGAAUCCGCCGUUCGCAGUGGCCCUACUGGUGCUGGAGGGCUAGAUGCUUUUUUGGAUGCGAUGAAUCGUUUGCACAAUGCACAGAGAUACUUCCAAAAGAAUAAUCCCAGUUCUGUUGAAUUGGAAAAUGUAUCAACCAUGUUUACAGUUGGUUCAGAAGCAUUGUACGCUGAGUUUAAGGAUAUUUUGGCUAGACAAAGCAAGCCAGUACUACCGAUCAUUCUACUAGACCUAAUAACGUCAGAUGAGGAUACCAGUGGAGCUGAAGAUGCAUAUCAUUCUUUAUGCCAACUUCCUGAAAGCGCACUUGAUGAUUUAGUCAAAAUAGCAAACUGGUUAGAGGAAAGAGGCUAUCGAAAACAUGGCCAAAUAUAUGCUUCAGUUAGGUCUGCAAUAGUUCUUAGAUCUCUUCAACUUUUAAAAGAGCAUCAAAGGAGCGCCAGUGGUGGAAGUAUUCAUGCUACUAGUCCCAUGCCGAGGGCUAAAUUUGCAAGUCGUCACUCCUCAGUCACACAGGAAACUGCGGGCCGAAAAGCGUCGCGAAGGUUGCAGCACGUCUUGGAGAAAAAGGCAAGCAAAAUGUUGUUCAAAGCAUCACAAACAACAGGAUUAGGGCUCUCUUUACAAUCAUCUCGGAGAUCUCAACCUCAGCUCUCGAGCUCCAUAGCAGAAGAUGCUGCACCUGACGAGCAGGAAAUGGAUAAUUAUUUGCUGCUAGCUGCUGGUCUCCAUAAGCUAAUGCAGGCUGAGCGAUCUCUUCUUGCUAGAAUUCUUCCUCAAUCACUGCGACCACAAGUACUUGAAGCGACCGUGCGGGACGCUAUGGACUUGGUAGCACAUGAUGGGGAAAGCAUUGCUACCCGUGCUAAAAGGUGCAUUGUCAGACGCGACUUCUCCGCUGUCCUGGUCGUCUUUCCCAUCCUCAAACACCUUGGCGAGCUCAAACCUGAUUUGGAGAGAACUGUUGAAGGCUGUGACUUUGCCCUUAGGUCCAAAUUUGCUUCUGUACUCAACACAUUGAACUCCACGGGCGCUAAAGCAUUGGAAGAUUUUGCUGAAAGCGUUCGAAACGACUCGGGAGCCACACUGCCCAAAGAUGGAACAGUUGCCGAAAGUACUAGCAAUGUUCUCGUGUUUUUGGAACACCUGGCUGAGUGUGCUGACACGGCUGGUGCCGUUUUAGUCCGUACCACUGGCACAGAUUCGUCUUACGGUAAUACAACGGUUUCAUCACCUCAGCAAGCAGAGGAUAAUCACAGAAUGUUACUCGGUGUCUAUAUAAAAAAGGUUUUGGCACAGCUGAAUUUGGCUCUGGUUAACAGGAGUGACACGUCAUAUUCCGAUGGAGCAUUGCGGAUGCUUUUUCGUCUAAACAAUCACAACUAUGUAAUCAAUGCGCUGCGACGUAGCUCUCUCAUGGAAUUACUGCUAUUAGCUGAACCCUCCGCUGAGAGAACAUACGAGGAUUUAUUGGCAAAAGAUAAAGUAAAUUACGUCACUGCAACAUUUGCUAAGGCUAUGAUUUUUCUUGAAUUAUCCGAAGAACUUGAAUUGGGAUCAAAGGUGAUAAAAGAGCGAUUCGUUGGGUUUACGAGGGAGUUAGACGAGGCCGCAAAGAGUCAGCGUUCAUACUCCGUUCCAGACCCUCGUCUUCGAGAGGAACUGCGUCAAGCUUUGAGACAUUCUUUGCUCCCUCUCUACACUGUUUUCCACAACAAAUAUCGUGGAACAUCAUUUUCAAAAAAUCCAGCAAAGCAUGCCAAAUACACACCUGAUCAAGUUUCAUCUUUAAUUGGGAUGUUCUUCGAUGCUGCAGCGUAAAUAUUAAAUUGCGAUGUAAUGAAGAAUUGUUGGAGGUAUCUACUUCAAGUGCUCUAGUUGUAAUUAUUCCGAAAUAGCUUCCAAUAUUGCGGUUGCAGAUUUAGCUGUGACAUAUCGGUAUUAAAGGAAAAUGUAAAUUGAGUGUAGAACAAUAUAAUAAACACCCAUUUAAUAAAGCCAAUUUAGUUACAA